UUUUACGUAAAUAUAUUGAAACAAGCAAAAACUUGCACGCGGUGAAAAUAAGUUAACAAACUUUUAUCAUAAUACAUGCCGAAAUUCUAUAUCAUAUUAUUAUGAUGAUAUAUACAUACAAAACAAUAAGAGCAAAAACAAUAUCAAGCCUGAUCAUUACUUCUAAGCGUGCACUGUGGGAGACAACCUUCACGAGAUGUUGUUUAAACAACGAAUGUAGUGUAUCCGAAGAAGUUAUAACAAAUCGGACGGUUGUCGAGAAAAGUUAACUUUAACAGUAAACUUAACUUCCCCUUUUUUCGCUUUGUGUUAAUGUGAUAGUAGAUUUUGUGAACUGAAGGAAAAAAGAAGUAUUUGUAUAUAUAAUUUGUGAAAUACAUAUAUGUGGAUAGUAUACAUAUACACUAUUUUAAUGGUGAUUCGUUAACAGUUAUUAGACAUAAAUGUUAGUAUAGAUAUAAAUAAAAAAAAUAAUUAAAUAGUUAAGUAUAAAAUACAUUUUUGCUACCAAAAGAAAUUCGGAUGCAUCAAACUUGCCUACAGAUUGCAUUUAAGAAGUUAUUUAAUGUGUAUGUUUGUAGAAAUUUGCAACUAAACUUUGAAAGGAAAAUAACUUUGAUCGACUUGGGUUGUUUUUCUUAUAAAUGAAAUUUAAUACUGGUAUGGCUGAAACUUGGUAUAUGUCUAGUGAACUUUAAACAAAAGGGAAGUAAUUAGCGUUUGAGAACAAUGGAUAGACUUUUAGCUUUUCUAAGACGGAUUUUUGGCAUGCAAGACGGCGAAGCAGGGAACCAUUCUCAAAACAAACAUGAUGAAAAGAAGGAACCAAAUGAAGUGCAAAAAGAAAAAAUGUUAACGGAAGAAAACGAGUAUUACCUUAGGAUAAUUUUGCUUCUUUGCGGAGGAUGUUUGUACGUCACAAAGAGAUUUCUGGAACAGGAGCUUAAAAACCGUGACGAAAAACUUGAUAACCUGCUAAAAAGAAAAGAAAAGAAAUUAAGGCAUGAAUUACACAAGAAGCAAGUCGAAAGAUUGUUUCCAAAUGAUGGAUUUGACAAGACUGAUAUUGACACUUGGGAUAUUCAAAUGAUACUUUGUGUUUUAGUGCACGUGUUAAAUGAACCUGACAGUAAAGAGAAGAAACUUAUUAGAGAACUGAAGAAAUACAGAAACGAUAUAAUAGCGCAUCGUGCAACUACAACAUUGAACAAAAAAGAUUUUGAUACUUUGCAAAGCGAUAUUCAAGACACUAUGAAACACUUAGCAUCAAAAUGUAGUAGUUCGGUUCAGAAAGACUGUGAGAUGUAUAUUUCUUCAUCUUUAACCGGGCCAUUAGAUAUCAGCUUAGCAGAAAAGUAUUUACAAGAACUAGCAGAGUCGGAGGAGAAGGUGCAGGAAAUCAUUGAUAAGUUUAAAUCACUGAAAAGGCGCAUAAGUCGUUCGGAUGUAACAACUUGGCACGAAUUAAAUGAAAUACACUGUGAUCUCAAAGAACUGAAAAGUUAUUUUAAGACAGCGUCAAUGGAAUUGGAAAAUCAAAUAGGUGUAUCAAAUGAGGGAUUAAAUCAACUGGAAGAUUCACUGGCGAGCAAAUUUCGUGCGCACAAUCAAAAGGAAGAUCCGGUUGUCAGAAAAUCAGUCGUACCACGUGAACUAGCUAAAUCUGGUCAAUCAACAAGUAUUCCGCAAACACCCCAGAUUGAAAAAAACACGUCUUUGUCUCCGGAAAGUAAAUCUGUCAAGGAUCAGAAGCCUUUUGUAGAAACACCAUCUAAGUCUCCAGAAAGUAAAUCUGUCAAUGAGCAGAAACCUUUUGUUGAAACACCAUCUAAGUAUCCAGAAAGUAAAACUGUCAAGGAGCAGAAGCCUUUUGUUGAAGCACCAUCUAAAUAUACAGAAAGCAAAUCUGUCAAGGAGCAGAAGCCUUUUGUUGAAACACCAUCUAAGUCGCCAGAAAGUAAAUAUGUCAAGGAGCAGAAGCCUUUUGUUGAAACACCAUCUAUUGGGCGUAUUUGUAUUCAAAGAGACGGUAUUUGUCCUGAAGAUAAUGUAGCUGCAAUAGAUAUUGGGACAUCACUUUCUGGUUGUGCCUAUUAUUGUAGGGAAGGUAUACACAUACCGAGUUGGUGGGGUGGUGAUGCACUGGGGAGACGUCAGAAAACACCGACGUGUAUAUUGUUUGAUUCCAAUGAGGUAUUCCAUAGCUUUGGUUUUGAAGCUGAAGAUAAUUAUGCGAGUCUUCCUGAAGAAACGAACGAUUAUAUGAAUUGGUUUUUCUUUAAGCAUUUCAAAAUGCAGUUGUACGUAAACAUGCCGGUAAAAAGAACGUUUCGCUUUGUAACAGUUGAUGGGAAAGAAAUGAAUGCAAUGAAAGUGAUGUCGGCCACUAUAGGUUAUCUUCGAGCGAAAGUGUUAGAAGAGCCUGCGGACAUAUCACGAUGGACCAGAAUGCAUAACAUUGGUGAAAAGCAAAUAAGUUGGAUACUUACUGUUCCGGCAAUAUGGUCUGAUUCAGCCAAACAAUUCAUGAGAGAGUCUGCUGAAAUGGCUGGUAUACAAAGAAGUCAAUUGACAAUUGCACUUGAACCCGAGGUUGCAGGCAUUUAUUGUAUUGGUGGAAAUUUAUAUGGCUGUACUCAGUCUGUCCUUGCAGCAUUUGGCCAUAAAUACAUUGUUGUAGACAUGGGUG